AUGGCCGCCCCACCCCCCCUUAUCCUCCCCUCCUCUUUCCUUCUCCUCCUCCUAGCCAGUCCGAAUCUCGGGUCCCUCGAGGACUUCUCCAUUUUGGGGCCGGGCCGCCUGGCGCCGGAGCUUCUCCGAUCGAGCUACUCGUCGCCGGCCCCCUCCCUUCCUCCCACGCCGCCGGAACCGCUUCCCCUCGCCUGCGAGGACCUGAAGGGCAUCGGGUCGCUCGACACUACCUGCGAGCUCAGCUACAGCUUGAAUUUCACCGGAGACGUCCGUGUCAAGGGUCGGGGCAACCUGUUCGUCCUCCAUGGGGUGUCCCUCACCUGCCCGGAAUUUGGCUGCUCGGUUGAUAUGAACGUGACCGGCGAAUUCAGGCUGAACCCCUUCGCGGAGAUUGUGGCCAGCUCCGUCUGCAUAGCUGCCGGAAACGCAACCCUGUUUGGGAACUCGGUGAUUAAUGUGACCGCGCGGGCUGGCGACCCGCCGGAGACGAAGGGAACACCGGACGAUGUUCAGGGCGGCGGUGGGGGACACGGUGGCAGGGGGGCCAGCUGCUUGAUGGACAAUAUGAAGCUUCCAGAGGAUGUUUGGGGUGGGGACGCGUAUUCCUGGGAAAAUCUGGACAAGCCAUGGAGCUAUGGUAGUAAAGGAGGGACAACUAAUAGAGAGGAGGAUUAUGGAGGGAGAGGGGGUGGGAGAAUCUGGUUGGAGGUUAAGGAUACUGCAGAUGUUGGCGGGCUGCUUCUUGCGGACGGUGGUGAUGGUGGAAUCAAAGGUGGGGGAGGGUCUGGCGGCAGUGUUUACAUCAAGUCACAAAAAAUGACAGGAAGCGGCAAAAUAUGUGCCUCAGGAGGUGAUGGAUUUGCUGGUGGAGGUGGUGGAAGAGUAUCUAUCGACGUGUUUAGCAGGCAUGAUGAUCCCAUAUUUUUUGUGCAUGGGGGAAGAAGCUUUGGCUGUCCCAUGAAUGCAGGUGCAGCUGGAACAUUCUUUGAUUCUGUUCCUCGAAGACUUAUCAUUGACAAUAACAACUUGUCAACUGAUACUGCCACACUUCUUUUACAAUUUCCUAACCAGCCACUCUGGACAAACAUUUACAUUCAAAAUUGUGCUCAAGCUGCUGUUCCUUUAUUAUGGAGUCGAGUUCAGGUUAGAGGACAACUUAGUUUAUCGGCUGGAGCAGUUUUGAGUUUCGGACUAGUACAUUAUGCUUUGUCGGAAUUUGAACUGAUGGCUGAAGAACUUCUAAUGAGCGACUCAAUAAUAAAGGUCUAUGGGGCAUUGCGUCUGUCCGUAAAAAUACACUUGAUGCUGAAUUCCAAAAUUCUUAUAACUGGUGAUAGUGAUCCAAUCGUCGCAACUUCUUUGCUUGAAGCCAGUAAUUUAGCAGUUCUUAAGGGAUCGUCCGUAAUACAUUCAACUGCAAAUUUAGGGAUUCAUGGACAAGGGUCGCUGAACUUGUCAGGGCCAGGAGAUAUUAUUGAAGCACAGCAUUUGGUUUUGUCCUUAUUUUAUGCUAUCAGCGUUGGUCCUGGAUCCAUUCUCCGAGGUCCCUUGGAAAAUGCGAGUGAUAGUAGCAUGGUACCAAGACUUUACUGUCAACAGAAGGACUGUCCGGUUGAGCUGCUUCAUCCACCUGAGAAUUGCUUUGUGAAUACUUCAUUGCCAUUCACUCUCCAGAUAUGUCGAGUUGAGGACAUCAGUGUUGAAGGUCUCAUGGAAGGUUCUGUUGUUCAUUUUCAUUUGGUUAGAACUGUGGUUGUGAAACCUUCUGGUACAAUAAGUGCCUCUGGGCUUGGCUGCACUGGUGGGGUAGGUCGCGGAGAAAUUUUGCCUAGUGGUCUAAGUAGUGGUGCUGGACAUGGUGGUAGAGGAGGGGAUGCAUAUUACGGAGGAUCUUAUGUCAGGGGUGGUAUUGCAUAUGGGGAUUCAGACCUGCCAUGUGAGCUUGGCAGUGGAAGUGGAAAUGAGAGUCAACCUGGUGCGACUACUGGUGGUGGUGUUAUUGUGAUGGGUUCGCUGGAGCACUCGUUGUCAAAGUUGGUUGUGUAUGGUAUUAUUAAAGCUGAUGGAGAAAGUUACGGUACGUAUGUUGGAGGGAAGGAAGUUGGGAUUGUGUCAGAUGUCGGUCCAGGAGGUGGAUCUGGAGGAUCUAUUCUUCUGUUUGUCCAUAAUUUUAUCCUUGAUGAAUAUGCUACCAUCUCAACCAUUGGAGGGCAUGGAAGUGCCAAUUGUGGUGGUGGAGCUGGUGGAAGAAUUCACUUCCAUUGGGCAGAUGUUCCUAUUGGAGAUGAAUACAUGCCAAUGUCCGUUGUCAAAGGAACUAUCGGUAUCAGAGGUGGGAGUGGUAGGGGUCUAGGACGAGAUGCUGAAAAUGGGACUCUGAGUGGAAAAACCUGUCCAAAGGGGCUCUAUGGGAUAUUUUGUCGGGAAUGCCCACUUGGGACAUAUAAAAAUGUGACGGGAUCUAAUGGAGACCUUUGUCGUGAUUGUCCACCUCAAGAGCUUCCUCAUCGUGCAAUGUAUAUUGCAGUCCGAGGAGGUGUCAUGGAAACACCAUGUCCAUACAAGUGUAUAUCUGAGAGAUACCGUAUGCCUCACUGUUAUACAGCCCUUGAAGAACUAAUAUACACUUUUGGAGGGCCUUGGUUGUUUGGUUUCAUACUCUUUAGUCUCCUCAUCAUCUUAGCAGUCGUUCUCAGUGUUGCUAGGAUGAAGUUUGCUGGUGGAGAUGAAUUGCCAGGUCUUGUGCCAAGCAGGCGCUGCUCUACAAUUGAUCGCUCAUUCCCUUUUCUAGAGUCACUAAAUGAGGUGUUGGAAACUAGUAGAAACGAGGAAUCUCAAACUCACGUUCACCGCCUGUACUUUCUUGGGGCUAAUACUUUCAGUGAACCUUGGCAUCUCCUCCACUCACCUCCUAAAGAAGUGAAAGAAAUAGUAUAUGAGGAUGCUUUCAACAUAUUUGUUGACGAGAUAAAUGCAUUAGCAUCUUAUGAAUGGUGGGAAGGAUCUAUAUAUGGUAUCCUCUGUGUUAUUGUGUAUCCACUUGCCUGGUCAUGGUUGCAGUGGCGGCGUAAGGAAAAAGUAAAACACCUACGCGAAUAUGUUCGUUCGGAAUAUGAUCAUGCCUGCUUGCGUUCUUGCCGUUCAAGAGCUCUUUAUGAAGGGCUGAAGGUUGCUUCAACUUCUGAUUUCAUGCUGGGGUAUGUUGACUUUUUCCUCGGUGGAGAUGAAAAGAGAAGUGACCUUCCUCCCCGCCUUCAUCAACGAUUUCCAAUGUCUAUACUGUUCGGGGGAGAUGGAUCUUACAUGGUUCCUUUUUCCCUCCAAAGUGAUAACAUUCUAACAAACCUCAUGAGCCAGUCAGUGCCCCCAACAAUUUGGUACAGGCUGGUGGCUGGUCUUAAUGCUCAGCUUCGUUUAGUUCGUCGAGGGCAUUUGAGGUCAACUUUCCGUCCAGUUGUCCUCUGGCUUGAGACGCAUGCCAAUAGAACAUUACGCACUCAUGGUGUACGUGUUGAGUUGACGCGCUUUCAACCUUCAGCGAGCGGGUAUUGCCAAUUUGGACUUGUUCUGUGUUCGUUAGAGGACGAAAGUAGUCAUUCACCCGGUCAAGGGUCAGAGAGGCGUUUCUUGCAUGAGAAGCAGUCACGUUCGCCUGCAAACCGCUGGAAGAAAGCAUUGGAUCUUGUUAGAGUUGGUGAACAUGCAAUGACACAGAAAAAGACAUGUGGAGAAGUUAUAAAUUCCAAGAGCCUACAGAAGCUUGAAGAGGGGUUCACAUUAUAUUUUCCUUUCUACUACAUAACACGGAACAUCAAGCCAGUUUGCCAUCAGGAUCUUGUUGGUUUAAUUAUCUCGGUUCUACUUUUAGGAGAUUGUAGCUUAGUGUUGCUGCUUCUGCUUCAGCUAUAUUCCAUAUCAAUGCUUGAUGUCUUCAUGUUUUUGCUUAUUCCUCCUCUUGGGAUUCUUCUUCCAUUUCCUGUCGGUAUAAAUGCCUUAUUUAGUCACGGGCCCAGGCGAUCAGCUGGUCUUGCACGCAUAUAUGCUUUGUGGAAUAUUACCUCUGUGAUGAAUGUUACGGUUGCGUUCAUAUGCGGACUAGUUCAUUUCAAGACUCAAUCCUCAUCGAAUAAAAGGCUUCCAAACUUUCACUCCUGGAAUUUUAGCAUGGAUGAAAGUGGUUGGUGGAUGCUGCCUUGUGGACUUAUUGUGUGUAAAGUUCUCCAGGCUCGGCUAAUCGAUUAUCAUGUUGCUAACCUUGAGAUUCAGGACAAGACGUUAUACAGCACCGACACUACCGUUUUCUGGCAGUCUUGA